AUGUCUAUGUCUAUUGAGGACAGCGCCCCGGGACGCGAGGGAUUCCCAAGACCUUUCCCUAAUACACCUUCCAAUGUCUUGGAACAGUUUCGCCUAGACGGCAAAGUUGUUGUCGUUAACGGUGCCGCAGAUGGAAUUGGCCUAGCGGUAGCACAGGCUAUGGCUGAAGCCGGGGCCAAUGUCGCCCUGUGGUACAACUCGAAUGACGCGGCGAUUCAAAAGUCUCAAGAAUUGGCUGAUCAGCACAAAAUCAAGUCAGCUGCUUAUAAAGUGGACGUCUCCGAGUCUACCCAGGUCUCAGAGACCAUGGAAAAGGUUGUUGAAGAUUUUGGCAAGAUCGAUGUUUUCGUUGCGAAUGCAGGAAUGGCAAUUUCCAAGCCUAUUUUAGAGCAGACUCUCAGCGAGUAUCAAAAGCAGAUGUCCGUGAAUGUUGACGGAAUUGUUUACUGUGCCAAAUACGCCGGCCAUGUCUUCCAACGCCAGGGCUUUGGUAACCUCAUUAUUACAUCGAGCAUGAGUGCUCAUAUCGUCAAUGUCCCCGUUGAUCAGCCUGUAUACAACGCCACUAAAGCAUUUGUUACCCACUUUGGAAAGUCUCUGGCCCGCGAAUGGCGAGAGUUUGCUCGGGUCAACAUUGUUUCACCCGGAUUUUUCGAUACCAAGAUGGGGGCUAGCCCCCUUUGCCUCAAUGAGGCCUACCGAAUGUCCUCUCUGGGAAGACAGGGACACGUGAAGGAGAUCAAGGGAUUGUAUCUUUACCUUGCAAGUGAUGCGUCGACUUACAUGACGGGAAGUGAUGUGCUCAUCGACGGUGGCUAUGUUUUGCCUUAG